AUGAAUUUAAGUAUUACUACCUCAACUUUUUCGGUGUUGCUGUACUUCCUGCUUUUCUCUUCUGGAUUUGCUGAGAUGGAGUUACUUUUCAAUCCGAAUGACAAUAUAGUAGAGCUGGAUCACGCCUCCUUAGAAGCUCAACUUAAAGAGCCAAGGAAGGCGAACCUGGUGUUAUUCUACAAUGGAUUCUGCAUGAACACCCAAAAAUUUAUUCCUGCAUUUAGAAGUCUUUCCCGGAAACUUCACGAAUGGCGAAGAAUUUUAAAAGUUUAUGUGUUUGAUUGUUCCCUAGAUGAGAAUAAUCAGAUGUGCCGCAAUUUUGGCAUACGUAAUACACCCGCUUUACGCUACUUUCCUCCGAAAUUCGUUAGAAAGUCAGAUGAUUUGGGCACCGAUUUCGCCAGUCGCAAAGCCUCGGAAAUUAAAUCGGAAUUAGCCUUGUACCUCCAGAAACUGAGUUACUUUAAAAUGCUCAAGAAGGAGGAAAAUGUGACGGAUAUGUUCAGGGAUCACCAUUACGUUCAGUAUGUUGUUUUGAUUUUUCAAAUGUGCCGGGCGGAUUUCUUUCCCCGAUUCGAAAUGGCUUAUUCGAAUGAGGAAACACUUGACAACGAGCAGUAUUGCACUGAAGACAAUCCAACAAUUUCCAUAAUUUCUAGAAACACUCUACUCCGACUUUUGCCAUAUAAUCAGGUUGUGGUUCGUGCUUUCGAUGAUCAUUCGAUAUACACGAAAUUUGGCGUAUCUCCAGUACCAAACUUAUUGGUAGCUUUAAAUCGAGCUGGAAAUCAUUUAUUCCUUUCUCCCGAAAUGGAUUCAAGUAAGGCUUAUGUGGCGGCAGUAGUGCAGUUCCUAAAGUUUGUGGAUUGCAAGCCUCAGGCACCACUGCAAAAUACUUUUCCCAUCAACAUUAAAGCCGCAUUGCGUUACAAAAUAUUCGAGCAACUCGAACACAAUCCCACUCGGAUAUAUCGCGCUGAUCUGCAACGGGCUAUUGAUCAUAUUCUUAAUGUAGAGCUCCUUAAAACACCAGUUUUCACUGAAAACAAGCUAACUGUUUUGCGAAAUUUCUUAAAAAUAUUAAAUUAUAUAAGUCCACUUAAUUCAGAGGCACAAGAAAAGCUGACAAAUCUUUAUUAUUCAAUGAAAAUUAAAACAAAAAUCACGGCAGGCGACUUUAAGGAUUUGCUUUUGAAAUCUUUUGGCAAUUACACUUCGGAUGGAAAGCAUUAUGUUGGUUGUAUUUCAAAUCGAUCUUCUCUCCGCGGUUUUCCUUGCUCUUUUUGGAAACUUUUCCAUUUUCUCACAGUGGAGGGAAAUCACUUUAAUGUACCCUCCGUCCUGCAGAUCUUUCAAGGAUAUGUGAGAUACUUCAUGGACUGUCAAGAGUGUGGCAAAAGGUUAAGUCAGUUCGAGGAAAUGCAAUCACUCAAGAACGUGACCAAUUAUGAUCAGCAAAUACUUUGGUUAUGGCGAGCUCACAAUUUUAUAAACGAAAAGUUGGCCGGCGAUUCCACGGAGGAUCCGCAAUUUCCAAGGAUUCAGUUCCCAAGUAAAAAUGAUUGUCCCAGCUGUCGGGAUAAUAAUUCCGAAUGGCGUACCGAUGAAGUUCUGAUUUAUCUUAAGCGAAUAUAUUCCUUGAAAAAUCUCAGCUGGUUUGGAAUGGCUUCCCCAGAAGCUUAUAAUUAA